ACAUGCGUUCGAGACAGACCCAGAACAGCAUAGAUUUAAGUCCCUGCCACUAAUGAACAACAGGGCCAGUGACAUCAACUCCCUUGAGAUGAGACCCACUCUCUCUCAGCUCCACGCGGACCUGAAGUCGUUUGAGCACCAUUUUGCCUGGUUGAGCAGAGCGUCAAGGAAACACCACCACCCUGCUCUCCCUAAACUGGGACAGAUGAUGUCACUCAUCAAGUCUCUCACCAGCAUGCUAGAGCAUCAGAUGAUGAGAGUUGAUGCUCAGCGUCUCUCUCCUCCCUCUCCCUCGAUGCCGCCUCCUCCCCCCUCCCAGUUUGAUGUGUUACAGUCUUCCCAGGAGCUGCUACUACAGUUCAGACUCUUCUGUGAUUGGGCCCAACGAGUGUUCUCAGUGCUCAGUACAAAGUCCAAAAUGUCUGCAGUACAAUGAUGAUUCCUGAAGUGCUAUAGUCUAUAGGGAUACACAGAAUCCCCACUACAACCAAUGGGGAUCUACUAGCUUCAACCGGCACUACAACCAAUGAUGAUCCAAGAAAUCCACACUACAGCCAAUGAUGAUCCAAGAAAUCCCCACUGCAGCCAAUGAUGAUCCAAGAAAUCCACACUACAGCCGAUGAUGAUCCAAGAAAUCCCCACUACAGCCAAUGAUGACCCAAGAAAUCCACACUACAGCCAAUGAUGAUCCAAGAAAUCGACACUACAGCCAAUGAUGAUCCAAGAAAUCCCCACUACAGCCAAUGAUGACCCAAGAAAUCCCCACUACAGCCAAUGAUGACCCAAGAAAUCCCCACUGCAGCCAAUGAUGAUCCAAGAAAUCGACACUACCACCAAUGAUGAUCCAAGAAAUCCACACUACAGCCGAUGAUGAUCCAAGAAAUCCACACUACAGCCAAUGAUGACCCAAGAAAUCCACACUACCACCAAUGAUGAUCCAAGAAAUCCACACUACAGCCAACGAUGAUCCAAGAAAUCCACACUACAGCCAAUGAUGAUCCAAGAAAUCCACACUACAGCCAACGAUGAUCCAAGAAAUCCACACUACAGCCAAUGAGGAUUCAAGAUUAGGAUUCACUACAACCUUGCACUGUUGUCACUGACCCUCCAUCCUCAUUGUAGCCAAUGAGAGACCUCCAUAUUCAAACUACAGCCUAUGAGGAUCCACCAUAUUCACACUAUUACAACCAGUAAUGGUCUCCAAUAUUCACAAACACGUCACUGCCACACCAUCCUCUCUCUUAAAUACCUUGUUCCUGACUGUGUUAUUUAUCUAUUUAUUUAUUUAUUUACUUAUUUAUUUGAUGUCAUUAUUUAUUUGAUUUUGUAACGUGUCACAUAUCAUUUUUACUUUAUUGUUGUGAAUUUAAUUCCUUGUACCUUGUCAAUACUCCUAUUUUGUUCUCGCUCUACCCUUCCUCCCAAACUAAACAAGGAGACCACACCGUAGCACUUCCUGACUUCUUGCAGUCUCUAAAGAUAUGGAUUGUAUUUUCAACUAUAUAAACCUGUCUCUCUUUACACAGAGUAGCCUAUUUCCGCCAGUAGAUGUAGCAAACAUACUUGGCUUGUAGCAAGCAUAUCUUGGGAGAGCGUACAUGUAUUUUUCUUACAGUGCUGUUCUUUACCUUGUAGAUUUAGGGUUACUCAUAGAAUCUUCUGAACAUGUUAAAUGUGCCACCUGUUUGGUUUUGUAAACUGUUAAGAAAGAGAAUAAUGAACCAUGCCUCAAUCAGGAUGUCAACACAACAUAGGAGGGUAGAUCGUUUUUCCAUGGGUUUAGUUGCUAUAAGUGGCUGUGUCCCACAUGGAUAAAUAACAGGUGGUAUAUCUAACACAGGUGGUAUAUCUAAAGGUUUAUGAAUAUGCCCUGUUGCUAAGCACUGAUCUAGGACCUGAUCUAAUCUCUUUGCACAAAUUUGUUAGGAUUAGCCUUUUGAGUCAGCUGAUCCUGAAUCUGUGCCUUGGUACACAUAAUGUUUGAGCGUUUUAGUGACAUAAAUAAGAAAUGAAAAAACACCCCAUGCCUUAAAAUACUAUGUAUUGUGAUACUACGGUUCUGCACAGUUGUACAUACUUGUACAAUAAUGUAAAUUGUUGUAUACAAUGCAAUUGUGUAGUAUAGUUUUCUAUGAUAUAAAUGUAAAAUACUCUCAAUGCUAUCCCUAUCAUUUUGUCGCAAUAUCAAUAUUAUUCUAUUCUAGUAUUUUGUGACAGUAUUUACUAUUUAUUUAAGUUACUUUGGUGGAACUAUUUAUUUGCGCUGCAGAGGAGCAAGUCUCCUGUUGUUUUUGUACUUUUAUACUGUUUUUAUUCAUAAUUACCAUUAUCAUUGCUACCAUCCAUGUUGAAAUCAUUGUAGUUCCAUGCCUGAACGCUGUGGAAAACCUUGUGCUUGGGGUCUCCAGCACACAGACUGACUGAUUGGCCUAAAUGUGAAAUGUGUGCCUUGAAAAUUAAAAAAAAAAGUUAAUA